AUGCGUCAGUUCGAGGACUACGUGCUCGAGUCCUUUGACCACACCACUGGCUGGUACCAGGAUAACAGCUAUGAGGGCCUCAACCGGACCGCUGACCAGCUUAUGCAAUUCCGACUCCCCACGGGCCUGAAACUCUCCUUCUCAUCACUCGCGACCCCCAACUUUUCGACUUCGUAUCAUCUCGGCGCCGGUGGUCGGUUCGACGGCUCUAUUUGCUACCUGUUCUCUUCAGUGCCGUUGAAAAAUGUCAUAUCGAGAUCCGACUCGAUACCGCUUCCGGUCUUGCUGCGUUCGUACAGACAGGUCCAGGACCUGCCGCCGUUCCAGCCCAGCCAUGAUGCGGCGCCACCGGCUCCAGCACCGACUCCCGGGGAACGUUUUCAAGAAUUCAUAAAGCAGCCAUGGCUCGUGUUUGGACGCAUGUUCUUGCCAGAGUCGAUGCUGGAGGCGCAGGUGGUGAAGCGCGCCUCGCCUAAUCUGAGAUUCCAAGUUAAGGGCGUGAGCCAAGCCGACUUACCCAAUGGCGGAACCAUACUCGGAAGUGUGCAGUACACGAAACCGCGGUAUGGCGUCGCGGGGCUGCUGUCUACAGACGGAGGCCUUCUUGGCUUCAGGGGUUUGUAUAAUUUUGGCGGCGACACGAUCCCUACACCAUCAUCGCCCAGGGCGGUUGGUAGCGAAGACAACAGCGGGUCAAAUGGUUACGACGAACGUGAGCGCAUAUACGGACGUUUCAGCGCAGGCGGAGAGCUCUACUACGGUGUGCUUAACAAAUCGGCCGGCGCAUCCGUCGGUGUCCGGUUCGCAACGCUACCAGCACACAGUGGCACGCCUCUAACGGCGACAUUUACUCUUGCGCCGUUGAUGGGCAACAUCAGCUCCAGCUUUGCAGUCAUGGCCCGCCAGAGCUGCUCCCUAGCCACUAGGUUUGACUUUAACGUCUACAGCUACGAGAGCGACUGGACUGUUGGCAUGGAGCUUUGGGGCAAGGGUCGGAUGGCCGGACUGAUUGACCGACGCUUGGAACAAGAAGAAGAAGAAGAAACUCUGACCGUAGCCGUUGAUACGAGGCCAGUUGAGAAAAAGAGAGAGAGGAGUUUCCAGGCCAAGAUGGAAUGGAGACUGGACGAAGAAGACGAGGUCGAGCCGCCUCCUCCAAACAAACGUGAAGAGGAGUUUUCUGGUGUGCUCAAGGCGCGUAUGGAUCAAUACUUCAAAGUCGGUUUGCUAUGGGAGGGCCGUCUCAAGUCCCUCAUCUUUAGCUUGGGCACCAGCGUAAACCUGAGCAAGCCCGAGCAGUCAUUUCGCAGUUUAGGUCUGGCAAUACAGUAUUCAUCAUGA